GUUAUGGCACGGUUGUGGUGGCAUCUCUUCCUUCGUACCUCGUGCGCUUUAUGGAUAUUUGACGCAUUUAAUGGCCGUCCAGCGAGUGCUUCGGACACGGGCUACUUCGGCGACGAAGGUGACCCCAACUUGUGGCUACGUCGAAACUUUCACUCGGUGCACCCGUCCGACGUUGUCGGCGACGGUCACGUACAUGGAUCGAGGAAAGGCACCGAGAGAUUUGCCGCCGACUUGGAAGCCCACUAUGAAGGUUCUGGAGACCCUCCGACCUUCUACUCGCACAGCGACUAUAACUUCCUCCACCUGUCGACAGCUGUUCAUCACGUAGCGUCACCAAGAGCGUCUUCUUCGAACACAGAAGCUUUAGCGAGGUCUUCCAUUUCUUAUCCUGGACCUUCAGCACAACUCAGUGCCUUCGACUUUGACAAUGGAUUUCUCGGCGGCUCGUCUUCAGAAGCAUUUAUCGCAUCAUCAUUCCCUGAAACAUCAUCCGCAUCGUCCAUAGCAGUAGUCUUCAGCAGCACGCCGAGUGCGUCUUUGUUUCAGACUCGGCAAAGUACAAUAGGUACGGAAGACCCAGUGAGUACGAAAGACUUAGAACGUCAUCCUAUUCCUCUGCUUCCAAGUCCAACCUUCAGCCGUCCUCAGAACAGUGUAACCAAGAUCGCUGAGUGGUCGAGAGACCAUAGUGUUCUGUUGGACUCUAGCACGGUGUCCUCCAGUUCCAGCGAGGAGAGUGCGCAGAUAGUGCCAACAGAUUCCUUGACGCCGCAGUCGACGGACUUAUCGUCGUUGAAAAUUCAGCCUACAAGUGCAGCCUACGUUGAUGCAACCAGCGUGUUUGUCGACACAACUGAGUUGAAUUCUAAGAGUACCUGGACCGUACCGGAUGUGACGACAGACGUCAUAUCCAGAUAUGGUAAUACAGAUUAUUCUAAUCAUACUUUGACGACGCCGGAUCUUGUGCGCGAUUCUACUUCGGGAAACGUUACGACAACUUCGAACUUUCCGAGCCCGGAAUACGUAGUGCCCGAUGACAGCUCAACUAGAGGUCAUGAUGAGAACGCGGAUACUGCGUUGUCUUCUACAAGACCUGCUUCUUUAUCUUUAACAGAAUCUGCAGCAUCGCCAUCUUCAUCCAGUAGCUCAACCGCGACCGAAUCUACAGUGUCGACGACAGACAGAUCUAUCGGCACGGAUGUUGUAAACAUUUCGUCUCCUCCAGGCAACAUGGAUGAGACGAGCACUUCGUCUUCUCCGGAGGGUGUCGAACAAACGGCAACUCCUUCAGUCAACACGGUGCCGGCAUCUGAUGUGACUGACGAUGUCACAGCGAUUACAGUUGAAAGCCAGCCUCCAAACGACGAGCAAACCACACCCACCUCUUUGAUUACGGACCAAUCUAUCGCAACUGUACCAGACGUCCUAAAGCCGGGAGUAACAAACAGUGAACCACAGACUACUGCGACAAACAAAGUCUCUUCCACAGCUCCGCCAUCAACAAUUUUUAUCUCAACCAAAGACGGGCGGGAUUCGGAAAUCCAAGACAAUUUACCUUCGUUCCAAAGCAGCACUACUUCCAGCUCAACAGACAAAGAUCUUGAACCUACCGACGCACAUCUUCAUACACCUCCGUCUUUCUCGACAACAACUACAGACACAAAAACGCACGAUGCAGAACCGGAGGAGCCCACCAGUUCAACCUCAUUCCUUGAUUCGUUGUCAUCUAGUCCUGAGCCCAACUAUUCAGUCCGCACAAUUGAAACCACGAGACUUAACUCCGUGGCGCCUCCGUUCCAGAACACGCUGGCUCCAACGUUCAGCACGAAGACGGCGCACGACACAACCUAUCCAGGAACGUCAACAACAAUAUGGACGAGCUUCAGCGGAAACCUUCCUUCAAUAACGGCGACGCAUCACGCUUGGUCGAGCGAAACGAAUUUCUGGGACCGAUUUAGACUGACGACUAAGUCGCCAGCGUCCACAACAUUAUUGCUUUUGACUACAGCCUCACGUUGGCUUGCCACGGCUUCUCCAACGUGGAGUUCGCCAAAGGCAGCGUUUCCAGACACCAGGACGACGCCUGUAGCACCAGUUAGACCAGUUAGUACGUGGUUACCGCAGCCUGUCCCAGCACCUGAUGGAGCCUUGUCGGAGAAGAAUAAGUACUGGAUCAGAACAGUGUUUCGGAUGAACGACGUGGGCCGUGCCGACCCUGAUAGAUUGGCAGACCAAUUGGCGUUCAUCUACGAAAGAGCAUUCGCGCAGAAACAUGCAUUUCGACAGAGUAAACGAGCCCUUGGACGAUCCACUUCAAUACAUGUGGUUCACCUAGCUAUGGACUAUAAGGACAAACUCAUGUCUCUGGUGUACGCACUUUCGCGUGACGGCCAACUGGUUCCAGCUGUUGAUGCAGUGCAGACAAUGACCGCCGUCCAAAAUUCCGACAUGUCCAGUCUUCUUGGCUAUGAGGUUGUCACCAAAGCGGAACCCUAUGUAGAGGUUGCAGAGCCAUCAAAGGCCUUGUUCCCAUUGACGUGGAUCGUGAUUGGAGUCCUGGCGGGCAUCCUGGUCUUUGUAAUCGUCUGCUUGCUCCUGUACUGCAAGUGCUGUAGACCAAAAUACACGGGGACGUUCAAGGACGUAGAAUCGGUUCAUUCCUUCGGCAAAGAAAACAGGAAGAAGGCAUUCGAAGGCUCGGCAGGAAAUCUGUCCAUGUUUGGAGAAAGAACUUACAAAGACGUCUUCACCAGUCCUAUUCAUUUUCCUUCGUCUACGAGAGAAGGGAACGGAAAGCGAACAACGGCGAAAGAAAGAACACCGAAGUUAAGCGAAUACUACGUGAACCAGGCCUACGAACCCGAUCGAGACACGAAAAUGGCAUCUGUGAUCGAAGUCACACCCCAGGAAAGAAGCCGAGGAAAAAGAACACGUCCUCGAGUAGUUGACGAUCCGUCACGAACGUAUGACACUGUGGAUGCAGAAUUUGAUCAUAUUCGGAGAGACACCGGUGAUGCACCUCUGCCCCUGCCACGCACGGUGAUACCGGCAAAGAAUCAUUCAGUCAGUGACAGCGACACUUCCCUGACGUCAACAUCAUCAACUGCAUCAACUUCGAGAGUUGAGAACAGCCCACCAGAUAGCGCCAGCGCUUCAUUGCUGCCAGAUGAGGUUUCCAGCGAAGCGCAACAAUCUGACCAAGAGUUGAAAGCGACGCAGAGGCAGCUGGACAAGAUGAAACGUCGCAUGGGGGAAAUCUUGGACGACACCAGAAGUUACCCGCGAAAUAUGUACGACAGUUUGAAGAAAAAACGCGUCUCGCCUUCGGGAACUGUGGUCAGAAGACAAGCGAGCAGUCUUCGUUCGCCUAAAGCACGGUACCACAAUGCUGGGGGCUUAAUGAGGACGAGGAGCGCUGACUUCCUGGACUCGUGUUCCGAGUAUCCUGCUGCCCCAGAGGUAGAGGUCGUAGAGACGCGAGACGUGGUCACACAGACGGGACCGGAUCUUCCGAUGACCAAGCCCAGAAUAAUAUGGUCCAUCUAUAAGACUCCCCCGUCCACACUGGAAGCGACCUCUCACGAGGGACCCCCGCGUGCAUCAACGCUUCCGGAACCCAUAACGACCCCGUUCGGAUUUCGGGAGCCAACGAAAUCUGUUAUCAGCGCCAUUCGCGGGGAACUGCGCAAGUUCAACGGGACUCACACCAAAACAAACGGGGAAAGCUUCGCUUGAAGCGGUUUCAUCUGUUUUGUGUGUGCGCGUAUGUGUGAUGGGCAUUAUAGGGAGUCUGUUGCUGUUUCUCACGCUUAUUGUACAUAAAGAAACGGGUUGAUCGGGAAAAGGAAGUACAUACAUCAUAGGGCAACCUGUGCCUGUGUACCUUUCCAUAGCGCGAACGUGUGAGAACAUACGCGUUUUCGAAAUAAGAAAGUAAUAUAAUAAAAAUAAAAUAAUAAAAUUUAAAUAUAUAAAUAAACACUAAUAAACUCGGCGAACCCACAGUGAACCUUCUCCUGU